AUGGCAAACGAAGAGAUUUAUUACUCAGAGGAAGAGCAGAAUGAAUUGUUUGAGCGUUUGGAGUCUUUAAAGGGAAGGAUCAACGGCAACAGCGAAAAUAUGAAGGCCCUGAUGAGCUUCAAAACGAGGCGGCCAAUGAGAUCCGUCAUGUACAGGGUCCCCGAUGCCCUUCGUCAGCAAAAUGAAGAUGCCUAUAGCCCAAGCUCUGUAUCUAUUGGGCCACUUCACGCUUGGGACAGACCUGUGCGGGCAAUGGAGGGUCGAAAAUUGAGUUACAUGUGUUGCUUAUUCGAGCGAACUGCAACAUAUGAGCUAACAGAGAGAGACUGUAUGGCCGCUAUGAUAGACAUGGAAACGGUUGUUGAGGAAUGCUAUGAAGAAGUUAAACCGUUUGAACAUCAAAGGUUUGCUGAACUCAUGCUGAUUGAUGGUUGUUUUAUUAUUGAACUUUUUUACAGGAGAUGCCGCAAGGAAGAAGACCCCAUUUUGGAGAACCCUUACCAUUUCUCAGCCAUCCAACAUGACUCACUACUACUCGAGAACCAGAUUCCCUUCUUUGUUCUUGAGAAACUUUUCGAACUCACCAUUAAACGUAUCCCGGAAAAUAAUAACACCCAACACUCCCUUACCCUUACUGAAUGUGUCCUUUCAUUCUUUGGCGACAUCUUGAUGGCCAAAUAUAUAUAUCCGCGCGAAGAUAUGAAUCCGUAUCAUAUACUGCAUCUUUUACACAAUUGCUACCUGCCUCCUCCUGAGAAUAUUGCAUGGGAUUACCUAAAAGAUGAAGAUCAAGUCAAAUCCAAACAUUCCGCAACACAAUUCAGCAAUGCAGGAACCAAGUUUCAGGCAGGUGAUUAUGGAACAGUAAUAUUCGACUUGAAAUUUAGUUCUGCUCCAACUUGUUUUGGUUUGAUAACCAAAGGUUAUUUUAAAAUCACACCUUUCUACAUUUAUGAAUUGACCGAACCAUUCUUGAGAAACCUAAUUGCUUUCGAGCAAUGUUGCCCUUCGAUUUACCAUUUUUUCACAUCCCAUGCUUUUCUCAUGAACAUCCUCAUCGAUUCUGAAAAGGAUGUUAAAUUGCUUGAAGACGCGGGAAUCAUACAUAACUAUUUGGGUUCCAGUGAAACGGUGGCAAUUCUCUUCAAGGAUAUUUGCAAAAAUGUUGUUCCGCGUCGAAUCAUUUAUGCGAAGGUAUACAAUCUGAUGAUGGAGGAGACAAUUGCUUCCUGGAUUAACAGGCGAACAUUCUUGCGAUUAUUUUUUAACAAUAUAUAUGUGCGCAUGACAGUCAUUGGUGCCAUUAUCCUCAAUGUCCUCACACUUUUGUCCUCCAUUUACACCAUGCUCUCUUACUAUCACAGCUAA